AUGCCGAAGGAACCGGGCAAACCGAGAGGCCGUAUGUCGGCGUACGCCUACUUCGUGCAGACGUGUCGUGAGGAGCACAAGAAGAAGCACCCGAACGAGAACGUCGUGUUCGCCGAGUUCUCGAAGAAGUGCGCCGAACGCUGGAAGACCAUGAAUGACAAGGAGAAGAACCGCUUCCACGUGUUGGCCGAGAAGGACAAGAAGCGAUACGACGGAGAGAUGGCUAACUAUAAGCCCCCGAAGGGCGAGAAGGGCGGACGCAAGAGGAAGCGCACCAAAGACCCCAACGCUCCCAAGAGAGCCCUUUCGGCCUUCUUCUGGUUCUGUAACGACGAGCGCCCGAGAGUUAAGGAGACUAUGAAUGACGCGACCGUCGGAGAGGUGGCCAAAGAGUUGGGCCGUCGAUGGAAUGAGUGCACCGAAGACCAGAAGAGCAAAUUCGAGGCGUUGGCCGCCAAAGACAAGGCUCGCUAUGAGAAGGUAUGUAUGGUUUGGGUGGACGGGAGGUGAAGGCCUAUAAGGCUAAGAAAGGCAAACCCGCGCCGCCAGUUAAAGCCCCCCCGAAGAAGGAGGAGUCGGAUGACGAUGAGGAGGAAGAAGAGGAGGACGAGGAUGAUGACGACGACGAUGACGACUAAGCCUACGACCACACGAGUCGGGCCACCGGUCGGAGCGCCUUUUCAUUGGACUCCAAUUUUGUUCAUAACUUCUCUCUUCUAUUAUUAAUUCAUUCAAUUGUAACACAAUUAUUAUAAUAACUCAUAAAAAACAAUAGGUUUUGUCUCCUUUUUUCACCCGAUAUUUAGUCCACAUUUUCACAUAAAUGUUCAUUUCAUAUGAUUUUAAUUCAUUAAAACUGACUUUCGGGCAGAUUUUGGUUGUAAUGCUUUUAAUAGAUUCAAUG